AUGCAUGUUAUGAGCAGCCCGUCGCUGACUAAUGAGACAGAGAGCUGCAGCAGUGAGUGCAGCAGCGCCGCCACCACAGCCAGCACCACCAGCACUACCAGCACCACCUCCGACCUCUCCCCAAUGUCGGGCCACACCCCCUCACCUUCUAAUCUCCCCUCUCUCUUCCCCAACGAACCCCCCCUGCACCCUACCACACUAGCCCACCACUACGCCCCACCGUCACCACCACCCCUGCCCCCGAACGCCCCUCCUCCCCCUCCCCCACCACCAACCUCCCUCUCCGGCCAUGGUGUGCGGAAGAAGCGGAGGGUGCGGAGCUUUUUCUGGAAGCCCAUCCCGGAGGAGAAGGUGCGGGGCCAGCCCAACAUCUGGACCAUGGCCGUGCGCUGCCAGCAGCAGUACCAGAUCGACGUGCGCUCCGUGGAGGAGCUGUUCGGCCAGCAGGAGGAGGCGCAGGGCCGGGAGGGUGUGCCCGCCACCGGUGGGUGCUCGUCAGCCCGCAUCACCCGGUCCAGGUCCUUCAAGGAGAACAAGGACGAGAUCAGCAUUCUGGACUCCAAGCGGGGCAUGAACGUGGGCAUUUUCCUCAAGCAAUUCAAGAAGUCCAAUCUGUCCAUCGUGGAGGACAUUCGCCAGGGAGACGGCAAGCUGUACAGAGCUGAUCUCCUCAAAGACCUGCUCAAACUCCUGCCCGAGUCUGAAGAGGUAAAGAAACUGAGGGAGUUCAAAGGGGACUCCAGCAAACUGACCCUGGCAGACUCCUUCAUGUACCUGUUGAUCCAGGUGCCUCGGUUUGAGUUGCGCAUCGAGGCCAUGGUCCUGCGUGACGAGUUCUUUCCAUCCUGCGCUGUGAUGAGCCGUGAGAUCGAUGUAAUCCGCGUGGCCACCAAAGAGCUGAUGACCUGUGAGGAACUACACGCCAUCCUCCACCUGGUUCUGCAGGCUGGAAACAUCAUGAACGCUGGCGGUUAUGCGGGCAACGCCGUGGGCUUCAAGCUGUCAUCGCUCCUCUCGCUGGCUGACACCAAGGCCAACAAACCGGGCAUGAACCUGCUGCAUUUUGUGGCUUUGGAGGCACAGAAGAAGGACGAGAAGCUGCUGAAGUUCCCUGAGAAACUUCAGGACAUCCAGAGCGCUUCCAGAAUAUCAGUGGAAAACAUCGAGUUGGAGUUCUCGUCUCUCUACGUCAGGACCAGAUCCCUGGAGGAGAAGGUCCAGAGUGACCCGGAGCUCCUGGAGCAGCUGGACCCCUUCCUGCAGAGCUCCACAAGGACCCUACAAGACCUGAAGAGGCGCAGGCUGGACCUGCGGAAGGAGGGAAAUGCGCUUAUUGACUUCUUCUGUGAGGACAAGGACACCUUCAUGCUGGACGAGUGCUUCCGCAUCUUCCAGGACUUCUGUCUCAAGUUCAAAAAGGCUGUCAAGGAUAACCUGGAGCGGGAGCUGAAGGAGACUGCCAGGCAGCGGCGUCUCAGAGAGCUGGAGGAGAAGCGCUUUGCCUGGAAUGCUGACCAGCAGCAGGCUGCCGGCGCUGGUAACGGCGGCUUUGGCCGCAGCAGCAGCGAGAACGACGUGGACAUGCUCACCAAGGAGGGCCUACUAGACUUCCUCCAGCAGCGUCCCGCCAGCCCCCACAGCCCCCUGGGUCGUUCAGCCAGCGCCCGUCGCCACCGCCACACUGUGGCCGCCAUGGCCGACCGCGAGCUUCACGGCUAUCUGGAGCUGUUCGGCAGUGGCGCGGCGUUGCCAGCAGACUAUGCCAACAAGUUCAACAGCCUGCCGCGCUCCGGCCGCACCCUCCAACGGAGAACCGCCCCCUGGCUUGUGUCCCAGGACGAUAACCGCGAGCUGGGGAACGGGCGGCAGGUGCUGGCCACGUCACACCGGGCCGAGACAGAGCCCAUCAGCCCCUUGGCCAUGUACUCUUCCACAGGCUUUAAUGUCAAUGAGGAACCGUAUAACAAUAAUAACAACUACACGACCGUGUCCGAGGGGAGCUAUCUGCCUCGCUCAUGUCACAACCGUAACGUCUUUCAGAAGACUCCCAACCCCGGAGCGAGCGUCACGGCACACAUGAAUGUCAGCGUGGAGAGGCACACGCUAGUCCCGGGAAUUCAACCGUUUGACCCCCCCAGUCCGAACAAUAACACAAAUCACAUGCACUUUGUCGACCACGAAGACGUGGUGGUGACGGACUUGGAAAGGGAGAGGGAAUCUCCAAAGACACUCAUUUUGGAUACUCCUCCUCCUUGUCCAAAGAGUUUGGAAAGAGGGCCAGAGCCCGCGGCGUGGGAAGGUAAAAUGACGUCUUCUCAGUUUGUGGUGGGCCCGCUUCAGAAGGAGGAAGAGGAGGACAGCAGCACCAUCUCCUCAACCACAUGCGACACAACCCUCCCUCUUGACCCCUCCGUAUCCAAUAAGAAACCGGUUUUCUACAUCUUAGACUGCACAGAAACGGACUGCUCCGUAGCGCUUGACUACUCUGAGAUUGAAAGCUCGCCUCUAAUGAGGGAAGGAUUGGUCCCCGACGUAAAAAACACUGACUGCAACAACGUCCAGGGGAACCUUCAAGACCCCAGCUCGCUAUCCUCCAUCUCCAACUUUGAUUCCACAUCCACAAAUGAUCAGUCCGUCUCCGCCUCCACAAAUGAGAUGUCGGCGUCAAAGUCCAGAGACGAACGUGCCCCAUCUGUCGGCUCCUUCGUCACCACGGAAGAGGGGGACACAGAUAGCUGGGACACGGCGGAGGGUAGGCAGGUGGGCGAGAAAGCUGUAGAGACGUAUAGCCCUAAACCAACACACGCCAAGACCAAGAAUGUGUCAAAAGUCUCCAAAAACAGCGGAGUGGGUCGUGGUGUCAGGAUGUUGACCACCACUGAGAACCAGGGCAUGCGGAAGGUGGUGCCCAUCACCAAGCUCAGCCGGACUGGCAGCAACGCCAGGCGGGUGGAGAGACCCGCCGGGAGCUAUGAGGGUGCAGUACCCAGGCAGCCGCUCCGUGACAAGAGCACCCCAGCCAGGGGGCGGGGCGAGAAGAUCGGUAGGCCCCCCCGCCACUCCAGCUUGCCCCCAGAGGAGACCAAAUCCCAGGGGAGCGCCGGCCUCUCAGGCUGGGCAUUUGACCUCAACCCACGAAAGCCCUCCUUCCGAAAGCCCAGCGCCAAGCCGCUGAGGAACCUGCCCAAGCCACCGCCGGAGGCAAAGAUGUGCCGCUCCACCAUGAGAGCCCUGGCUGCCCAGGCCCAAGGUCAGGUUGGGGCACCCUCUGAGGCUAGUAAUCCCGAAACACCUACCCACAGCUCCAAAACCCCAUCAGCCACCCUGCCUGGCUGGGCCCGCAACACUGUGGCCUCCUCCUCUAGGACCACCAAGAAGGAACUAGCUCCCGCCCUCUCCAACCCCCCGACCCCCUCCAGGAGCCCCUCUCUCCUGUCCCGGAGCAGCUCCCAGAGUCAAGCACCCGCUCGGCCUCCAGCCGCCGCCACAACCACACCUCCUGCCAAAGAGGGGCAGCAUUCACCCCGGGGGGAGGAGAAGGAGAAGGCCCAAGGGGGUGGUCUGCAGAGGGUGCAGAGCGUCAGGGCGUCAAGCCGGGCGAGCACCCAGCGUAGCGACACCCCCCCACCGCCGCCCACCCGCGAGCGCUCACGCAAGAGCAGCAGUUUCUCUGAGAAAUCUGUACAAUCCAUUAUGUCAUGUAGGACCCUCAAGCCCACCUGGAAGUAGAACUCAAAUAUGGUGGAGCUCGAUUGGAGCCAGAGAGGAAGAAAAGUACUAUGGUUUUCCCCACGUACUGUAGAUGGACAUUUUGUGUCCUCUUUCAUUAGCUACUCUAAGACAUCCCACCUCAUCCAUAUCAAGUCAAUGUACAGGGCUCUGUCAAAACGUAUUAUAUGAUCUGCAACAUAUAUAAUGCACUCUAUGUAACCUCUCUGUAGAUAAGAUUAUUUUUUCGUGAGCCCCCGUUUAUUUUUGAGCAUUCUUCACGGGGAGACAGAACUGACAAAUGGCAAAAUCCCCCUUUUUUCCUAGGAGCCUUCUUUGCCUGCUUUGUGGUCUUAAACUGUAUGUAAUACUGUAUAAUGACAUGUCAAAAAAUAAGAAAAAUUAGAAUGCUUUUUUUUACAGACCGUUUUAAGAUGGUGUUUACAUGGUAUUUACUUAAAAACUAUGUGGUAGUAAUAUUUUCUGGUACUCACCUCAAAGAAUUCAACACUAUUGGUAAUUUACUGUUACCAAAUGGUACAUAGAGACAUGUGUAUCAAUGAAUCUCGUAGAAACUGAAGUGUGAUUACUAUGCAAUUAUUAGAUAAUUACCAUUUUAACAAGUACUUUCUAGUUAACUACCUGGUAAACAGUGACUGUAAAACGAAGUGUUACUGAAACCACUACUGAACAUGUUUGAAUGCUGCUAAUUAGCUUUGACAAUUUGGGGACUGUGUUAGUGUCUUCAUUCAGGGUAUGAGCUUUGUGAGACGCUGCCUUGCUGCUGUUGUGAUUGUAUCUUUGAGUUCUGUGGUUCUCUACUUUCCUUUGCACAGCUAUACUAUACAGUAGCCUGGAGUCCACACUGAAUAUCGCUCUGUUUUUCUAUUGCUUCACUUCACUGAUUUAGUGUGAGUCUGAUCCAUUAGGGUUCACUUGGAACUGGCAAAAAAGAGCUGGUCCAAUCAGUGUCCUCUCAGAUACUAUGGGCGGGACAAUAGUGAAAAUAACUAUUCAGGGCCUUAUUCACUAGAAACCAAUAAGAAACAACCAUUUUCGUUUUCCGUUUGUACUAAUGAAUACGACCCUGCUCUCAGUGUCAUUGUACUCCUCAGCAGUUGGCCACUGAGUUCCUUUCCUGCUCCACUGAAGUUAUACCUCGGUUAUACUUGACAUUGCAGAAAUAGUAUAUAGUAAAAAAAAAAAUUAAAAAAAGGGCACAAAAGAAAUGCCCAUAGGCCCUAUUCAAUCCAACCGGGUAUCCAGGUUUCCGAGGUUAAGUUAAAUAGACAUUAUUGCUGAUGUGCUGCAUUGUCUUGGACAAAAUAAUAUGUGCAGUCAGACAUUAGGAAACUGAACGAAAUUUGAAUUGUCAAUAAAGAAUGUUGUUUUUCACUUGUUUUGGAAACCUGGUUGUCAGGGUUUGAUUGAAUCGGGUAUCCUAUUGUGUACUGUAUCAAGUACAUUAACUGUUACUAUUAGCAAGUACAGAAAGUUAUUGAGCAUUUAUCCUCUGUUUAUGAUACUCCAGUUAGUCCUUUGGUAUGAUUCCACUGUAAAGUUUUACCUUUACCUCUUAGAAUACAGUACAUGUACUUUGUCAUGCAAUGU